AUGGAUGACCUCGUGGACGAGGAAGAGCUUGUGGCGGACUACCAAGAACAAGUUGCGGAGGAUGGAGCAGAUCUUGACAGGAUUGAUACACUCAGUGGCCCCGGGGACUUGAAAGGCCAGCUCGAGGCUGCUGCCCAGCCGCUGGAGUACCAAGCGAGCAUCGAAGCCAAAAUCGCGAGUUACGACAACUACUGCAGUCUCUUCCACUACAUCCUGAACUCCGACGGUCCGGUCGACGUUGACCAGCCCGGCCUGGGAUUCUGUUGGGAUUUGAUCGAUGAAUUCAUCUACCAGUUUGAAUCGUUCUGCAGAUACAGAAACCGGGUGGCCCGAACCGCGCCCAAUGAAGAGGAGGCCACAGUGCUGCGGGAGAACCCGAACGUCUGGGGCUGCUAUUCGGUGUUGAACGUGCUGUACUCGCUCAUCCAACGCUCGCAGAUCAACGAGCAACUGGCGGCCACCAAGAGAGGCGAAGACGCCAACGCCGUCGCCGGCGAAUAUGGCUCUCGCCCCUUGUACCGCAUGCUCGGCUACUUCUCCAUCAUCGGCCUGCUGCGCGUGCACUGCCUGUUGGGGGAUUUCAGCCUGGCGCUCAAGACGCUGGACGACAUUGAGAUGAACAAGAAAGCCAUGUUUGCCCGCGUCAUGGCCGCCCACCUCAACACCUACUACUACGUCGGCUUCUCGUACAUGAUGCUCCGCCGCUAUGCCGACGCCGUGCGCAUGUUCAGCCACAUCCUGGUCUACGUGUCGCGGACCAAGAACUUCCAGAAGGGCAACCAGCAGUUCGACGCCAUCGCCAAGAAGACCGAACAGAUGUAUGCCUUGAUUGCCAUCUGCGUGUCUUUCGCACCCACCCGUCUGGACGACACCAUCCACACUGCCCUGCGCGAGAAGUACGGCGAGAAGUUCGCCCGCCUGCAGCGCGGCGGCCCCGAGUCGCUGCCUGUCUACAAGGAGCUCUUCCAGUCUGCCUGCCCGAAAUUCAUUAACCCGACCCCACCGGACUUUGACAACCCGGCCCUCAACAUCGACCCGGUCGAACACCACACCGACAUCUUCAUGGACGAGGUCAAGAACACCCUCUACAACCCUACGGUCAAGUCAUACUUGAAGCUCUACACCACGAUGGAUCUGAAGAAGCUGUCCAGCUUCCUCGACGUCGAGCCUGAGAAACUGCGCAGUUGGCUGCUCGUCAACAAACAGCGCAGCAGGCAGAUCCGGUGGUCGGAAGGCGGCCUGUUGGAGGGCGAGACUGUCAAUAGCAGCGAACUCGACUACGCCAUCGAAGGCGACCUGAUCCACAUCAGCGAGGCCAAGCAGGGACGGAGACUGGUAGAUUGGUACCUGAGGAAUCUGGCCAGAGCUUACUGA